CACAUUUCCUGUCAAGAUGGCGAAUGAUCUCCCUUCGGAGUUUGAUGUGAUCGUAAUAGGGACGGGUUUGCCUGAAUCCAUCAUCGCAGCUGCAUGCUCAAGAAGUGGCCAGAGGGUUCUGCAUGUUGAUUCACGAAGCUACUAUGGAGGAAACUGGGCCAGUUUUAGCUUUUCAGGACUGUUGUCCUGGAUAAAGGAAUACGAGGAAAGCACUGACACCUUGAAUGAAAGUCCAGCAUGGCAAGAACGGAUUCUUGAAAGUGAAGAAGCCAUUGUUCUUAGCAGGAAAGACAGAACCAUUCAACAUAUAGAAGUGUUUUGCUAUGCCAGUCAGGAUAUGUGUGAAGACGUUGAAGAAACUGGUGCACUGAAAAAAAAUCAUGCUUCUGUGACAUCUGUGAACUAUACAGAAGCUUCAGAUUCUGCUUGCUUGCCUACAGAAGAUGAGUCAUUAAGCACUUUGAGCUUUGAAAUACCUGCCGAACAAACUACAAGCAGUAAUCCAGAAAGUGCCCCAGAAGGAAAUUAUGCCGAAGCAACAGAGGAAAAAGAAAACCAUUGUAGUGAUAAAACUUGUGUGCAGGCCACAAGUGAAAAUGUGCCUACAGCAGAAAAUACUGGAGAACAACCAAGGGAAAAUAUUAUUACUUACUCACAAAUUGUGAAAGAAGGCAGGAGGUUUAAUAUUGAUUUGGUAUCAAAGCUGCUGUACUCUCGAGGUUUGCUAAUUGAUCUUCUAAUCAAAUCAAAUAUUAGUCGGUAUGCAGAGUUCAAAAAUAUUACCAGGAUUCUUUCAUUUCGAGAAGGAAGAGUGGAACAGGUUCCUUGUUCCAGAGCAGAUGUCUUUAAUAGCAAACAACUUACUAUGGUAGAAAAGCGAAUGCUAAUGAAGUUUCUUACAUUUUGUAUGGAGUAUGAGGAACAUCCUGAAGAAUAUAAAGGUUUUGAGGAGAUUACAUUUUCUGAAUAUUUAAAAACUCAAAAAUUAACCCCUAACCUCCAAUAUUUUGUCCUGCAUUCAAUUGCAAUGACAUCAGAGGCAACCAGCACUACCCUAGAUGGUCUCAAAGCAACCAAAAAUUUUCUUCAUUGUCUUGGGCGGUAUGGCAACACUCCAUUUUUGUUUCCUUUAUAUGGCCAAGGAGAACUUCCCCAGUGUUUCUGCAGGAUGUGUGCUGUGUUUGGUGGAAUCUAUUGUCUUCGUCAUUCAGUACAGUGCCUUGUAGUGGACAAAGACUCCAGAAAAUGUAAAGCAAUCGUAGAUCAGUUUGGCCAGAGAAUCAUUGCAAACCAUUUCAUUGUGGAGGACAGUUACUUUUCUGAGGACACAUGCUCCAAUAUUCAAUAUAGGCAAAUCUCCAGAGCAGUCCUGAUUACAGAUAGAUCUGUACUAAAAACAGAUUCAGAUCAACAGAUUUCCAUUUUGACAGUGCCAGAAUCAGAACCAGGAACUUUUGCUGUUCGAGUCAUUGAGUUAUGUUCUUCAACUAUGACAUGCAUGAAAGGCACCUAUUUGGUUCAUAUGACUUGUACAUCUUCUAAAACAGCAAGAGAAGAUUUAGAACCAGUUGUGCAGAAAUUGUUUGCUCCAUAUACCAAAAAGGAGAUAGAAAAUGAAGAAGUUGAUAAGCCAAGACUUCUGUGGGCUCUUUACUUCAAUAUGAGAGAUUCUUCAAACAUCAGCAGGAACUCUUAUAAUGGUUUAUCUUCCAAUGUUUAUGUCUGCUCUGGCCCAGAUUGUCAUCUAGGAAAUGAUAAUGCAGUCAAACAGGCUGAAGCACUUUUCCAGCAAAUCUGCCCCAGUGAAGACUUCUGUCCACCACCACCAAAUCCUGAAGACAUUGUCCUCGAUGGAGAUAGUUUACAACCAGAGGCUUUGGAAUCUGAUUCUAUGCUACACACAAACUCAGAGACUCACAAAGAAAGCCCAUACCUAAGAAGCCCAGUGGAGCCCUCUGAAUAA